UGUCUUCACAGGCUGUGUACAACAGAGGUGCACCCCUGCACAACUGUUGAGGCUUCGUGAACGGCACGGCGAGGCCCAUUUGCCGCCCUGCAGUCAACCAGCGCAUGCACUUCUCAGGCCAUAAAAGGCAGCACUCUGUGAAGUGUCAGUCCAUUAUGUGUGGAAAUGCAAUUGUGUGCCAGCUUGAUGGGCCAUAUGCAGGGCACAAGCAUGACGCCGGCCUCUUCCCUCUCAGUGGAUUAUACGAGAAGCUGGAAAGGUUAUCACAGGGCUACUCAUAUGAGAUAUAUGGUGGCCCUGCAUAUCCGCUGCGUCCUCUACUAAUGAAGCCUUAUGCUGGAGCCACCCUCACACGGCCGCAAGCAUAUUUCAAUAGGCACAUGAGCACUGUUCGCCAGGCGGUCGAGUGGGGAUUCGGAAAGACUGUGGCUGAGUUCGCGUUCCUAGAUUUCAAGAAGAAUCAAAAACUCCUGCAGAACGUGAGUCAAAUGUAUCGUGUCGGCACUAUACUUGCAAAUUACCACACGUGUCUGCACGGAAGUCAGACAGGAAUGUUUUUUGGCCUCCGGGCACCUGACCUGCAGGAAUACUUGAGGUGCAAAAAAAUAACUUGA